GUUCAUCCUCCUCCUUUGCAAGAUUAACUUCAUCAUCGGUUCUUCUAGGAGCCCGACACUCGGCGGAGAAAUGACCAAGCUUAUCACAAUUAUAACACCGCAGGUUCCUUCGGUCACGUUUACCACGUUGUUCAUCCUGUCCAAAACUUCAGUUAUUAUUUGACGGAUUUCGGCCCCCUCGUCCAUGCCCGUUAGGUCUGCCACGCCCACGACCUCGGCCACGGGCUCUGAUGCCAAUUGAUAGAAAUAAUGACAGAUCUAAAGGAAUACUUGCAGCCAAUUGAGUCUAUACCAUUUCAUGAAAUUGUUUGCUUCAAAGAUGUUGACAAACUGCAAUCAGCUUUGACAGGAAACCCAAGGAGAAGAAUUCAAAGUGAUCUUCUUGAGUUCCAAAAAAUACUCAAGUGUUGUUGUUGCAGCAAGGGUGGUAUUUUGCUGUCACCAUCCAUGCACGAUACUUCAAUCAUGUAUAUGCUGGCUCAGGAGCAUGGGGAUCUCAUCAACCUUCACGACUGGUUUCAGUCUUUUAAGGCAACCAUUUCUUGCCGUAAACAACGAUCAAGGCAGCUUCCUUCACCAAAAAAGAGAAAGGUCUCAAGUGUUCCUCAAAACGAAUCUGAUGCAUCAAUACAAGCAAGGUUUUGUAGGGCCAUAAUUGAGCUGCAGAUUGCAGGCUUACUUCGGGCACCCGGCAAAAGGCGCCCUGAUUAUGUUCUAAGGGUAGCAUUCGGAUUGUAACCUUGUGUUUAGGUAUUACGUUGUUUAAAUGCUUAUUUAUUUCUGAAAUCCGAACCAGUGGUUCUCAUUGUGACAGUAUAAUCCACUACUGCUACUACUGAAUUUGGUGUUUCAUUAUUUCUUUUAUGUAAGAAGGCUGCAACAUGAAAGGCGUCCGAAUAAAAACAUUGACGCUGCUGCUUUUUGCACAAAGCUGUGGUGUCCAAUAAAUUACAUAUUACUAA